GGUCAAUCCUGCACGUUUGAAGGGGUUUAAUUCAAUCAUGUCGAAAGUCAAUCUUACCUUGGCUACUCGGGCCAACCAAGCCCUGUUGCUUCCCGUGCUUCUGGUUGCGACCUCUAUCAAUGAGUCCCGCCCGGAGCCGGUCAUCCAGAUCACCUACGAGGAUGCUGCGGAGCUCCAGCAGGGCGAUAAGGCCGUGGUUCAGUUUACUGGAGCCAGUGGCACUCCUGUGUAUGGGACCGUGAAUGCGCUGCGGGAGUUGCAGUCUAGCUUCCCUUACUUGAAGAGCAAGGAUGAGCAACUGGAGAACGAGUGGCUCUCUCAGCUCGAGUCCUUUACUACGCUCGACUUUAAGGCGCUGGACACUCAGCUGCAGCGCCUGAACACCCAUCUGCUUCUGCGGUCGUUCGUGGUUGGAUACGCCCUCUCCACUGCCGACAUUGCCCUCUGGGGUGCCAUUCGGGGCAACCGUGUCGGUAUCUCGGCCGUUCGCAAGGGUGCUCUGGUCAACUUGACCCGGUGGUUUACUUUCCUGGAGGAGCUCUGCCCCUGGGCCACUGCGGCCAUUGAGGCCCUCAACGCCACUGCCAAGGAGAAGAAAUCGGCCAAGGCUAAGGAGGGCGCCAGCUACGACAUCGCCCUGCACAACACCGAUAAGGGCGUUGUGACCCGUUUCCCCCCGGAGCCUUCGGGGUACCUGCACAUCGGACACGCCAAGGCUGCCCUCCUGAACGACUACUUCGCUCACGAGAAGUACAACGGCACGCUGCUUGUGCGUUUCGAUGACACCAACCCCAGCAAGGAGAAGAUGGAGUUCGAGCAGGCCAUCGUCGAGGAUCUGGCGUUGAUGGGCAUCAAGCCGGACCGCACCAGCUACACCAGUGACUACUUCGAUGAGCUGUACGACUACGGUGUGCGCAUCAUCAAGGAGGGCAACGCCUACGCCGAUGACACGGAGAAGGAAGUGAUGCAGAAGCAGCGCAUGGACGGCUUGCCUAGCGCGCGCCGUGAUGCGUCGGUCGAGGAGAACCUGGCCCACUUCGAAGAGAUGAAGACGGGCAGCGAGGAGGGACAGCGCUGGUGCAUCCGCGCGAAGAUGUCGGUCGACAACCCCAACAAGGCCAUGCGUGACCCCGUCAUCUACCGCUGCAACCCCAGCCCCCACCACCGCACUGGCACCCAGUGGAAGAUCUACCCGACCUACGACUUCUGCUGCCCGAUUGUCGACUCGAUGGAGGGCGUCACCCACGCCCUGAGGACCAUCGAGUACCGGGACCGAAACCCCCAGUACCAGUGGUUCCUGGAUACGCUGAAGCUCCGUCACGUGCAGGUCUGGGACUUUGCGCGCAUGAACUUCAUCCGCACCCUGCUGUCGAAGCGCAAGCUCACCAAGCUGGUCGACGAGGGCGUGGUCUGGGGCUGGGAUGAUCCCCGAUUCCCCACCAUCCGUGGUAUCCGCCGUCGUGGUAUGACCAUUCCCGCGCUGCGGGAGUUCAUCCUCAAGCAGGGCCCGAGCAAGAACAUCACCAACCUGGACUGGACCCUGAUCUGGGCCACCAACAGGAAGUACAUCGACCCGGUCGCGCCUCGCCACACGGCCGUCCUCAAGAAGGACCUGGUCAAGGCGACCAUCACCCAGAAGGGCCCCGCGGCGCCCUACUCGGAGGAGAAGCCCAGCCAUGUCAAGAACCCGGCCGUCGGCAAGAAGAAGGUCGUCUACAGCAGCUCGCUCCUCUUCGACCAGGAGGAUGCCAAGAGCUUCAAGCAGGAUGAGGAAGUCACGCUGAUGGGCUGGGGCAAUGCCAUUGUGCGCAAGAUCACGGCGGACGCCGCGGGUGUUGUUCAGGAGCUGGAGCUGGAGCUCCACCUGGAGGGUGACUUCAAGAAGACGGAGAAGAAGGUCACCUGGCUGUCGGCGGACCAGGAACUGGUGCCAGUGGAGCUGGUGGACUUCGACUACCUCCUGAACAAGGACACCCUGCAGGAGGAGGAUGCUCUCGAGGACGUGCUGAACAAGACGACUGAGUUCCGCGAGGACGCCGUGGCCGACUGCAACGUGGCCGACCUGAAGCAGGGCGAGAUCAUCCAGUUCGAGCGCAAGGGAUACUACCGUGUCGACCGGGCCUACGCUCCGGGCCAGCCGGCCGUCCUGUUCAACAUUCCCACCGGCAAGACGGGCAAAUAAAUGUUCGUAAUCGCGGCAGGCUAUGGCGCCUUACGUUUUGGAAUGGAUUUGAUGAAAUAGAGCCGGAGACAACCCCUUCACGGUCUAGAAAUACAUCAAUAAUCAUUAUCAGGU